GCUCACUCGCGUUGAAUCCAUCGAGCAGGCGCGUCGUACUCUCCUCUCGUUCCGCCGCGUUCCAUUCACCCAUUCCGCCAUCCGCGACUCUAUUCACUUGUUGUAUUUGUACUUUUAUCAGCGACUAAAAAGAAACGAAUCGAAAUAAAUGUAAAUAACAACGGCGAAACAAAAGUGAAACAAAUUCGUGACGCGCCUGAUUACUUCUUUAUUUUUUGUGUCAACAGUGUGUGCAGUGCAAUGUGACUGUGAAGCGCCAACACAAGCAACGAAAAAAAAAAACAAAUAAAAAAAAAAACUUUAGUGAGUGAUUUCAAACACUACAAACUAGAAAGUACACUUUAAAAAACCUUACAAGAAAUACUCUAACGCCUAGAGUAUUUAACGGACCAUUAGAAACCUGAUGGCAACAACAACGGCAACAACGCAGGCAGCAGGAGCUGCACCAGCUCUCAAUUUAUUGCCCGCCAGCAGCAACAAUAAUCUAAAUAAUGCACUAAACAUUAGCAACAAUAAUAACAACAACAACAACAACAGCGUCGUGAUAAGCCAGCCGAUUAAAAUACCGCUGACCGAGCGCUUCUCAUCGCAAACAUCGACGGGUUCGGCGGACAGUGGCGUGAUUGUUUCCAGUGCAUCGCAGCAGCAACUGCAGUUGCCGCCACCGCGCAGCAGCAGUGGCUCCCUGAGCUUGCCACAGGCGCCACCUGGCGGCAAGUGGCGGCAGCAGCAGCAGCGCCAGCAGCUGCUACUCAGUCAAGAUAGCGGCAUCGAGAACGGUGGUGGUCCCACGAAGGCGAAAGAUCAUCGUCAUCAGGGAGUGGGAUUGAAGGGAAAGCCGAACCAUCAUGCCAUAAGUUCCAAGGAGAGCGGCGAGAGCAGCGAGAGCCUGGGCAGCAAUUGCUCAGAGACCCAGGAUCAUCGGGAUCCGCAGAAUCCCCAGCAGAGGAUCAGGGCCUCCUCCGCCCUGGAGCUCAGUAGCGUCGACAAUCCUCAAUCCACCGUGGUGGGCAGCCUGCGCAGCCGCAUCAAGUACAAGAGCACCAAUAGCACCGGAACCCAGGGAUUCGAUGUCGAGGAUCGCAUCGAUGAGGUCGAGAUCUGUGAUGAUGACUGCGAUGAUGAGGAGGAAAUCGAGGAAGAGGAGGAGGACGAUGGUGUCAAUGUGGACGACGACAACGACAACCAGUCGGACAGUCAGUCGGGUAUUAUAAUCAACCUGAAGAGCAAGACAACCGAACAACAGGUGGCGGAUAGUGAGGGGGCUAAGGAGGUGGAUGAUAGAUCCAAGAACCGACUACUACCGCCCGAUCAGGCGGAACUAACGGUGGCCGCUGCCUUGGCCCGUCGUCGCGACGCCAAGAGCCUGGCCACCGACGGACACAUCUACUUCCCGCUGCUCAAGAUCAGCGAGGAUCCGCACAUCGAUGCCAAGCUGAUCAACCGCAAGGACGGCCUCCAGGACACGAUGUACUAUCUCGAUGAGUUCGGGAGUCCCAAGCUGCGGGAGAAGUUCGCCCGCAAGCAGAAGCAGCUGCUCGCCAAGCAGCAGAAGCAGAUGAUGAAGCGCGAAAGGAGGAGCGAGGAGCAGCGCAAGAAGCGCAACACCACGGUGGCCUCCAAUCUGGCGGCCAGCGGAGGAGUUCCAGACGAUGACGUUGACGAGACCAAAGAUGAUUAUAAUACAACAAAUAGGAAACAAAAACCACACUGUGAUACUAGCUCUAGGAGCAAACAUAACUCGGAACCCCAUCCCCAUAACAAUCCUCAUCAUAAUCAUAAUAAUAUCGAUGUGGAGGAGGAGGACAGCCUCGUGGACAGUGGAGCGGUCAAGAUGCGCCGCCACAGCCACGACAACCACUACGAUAGAAUCAUCCCCCAGAGCAACGCAACCACCACCACCACCCGCCCUAAGAACGAUCAUCAUCCUCAGGCGCCGCAGGACACCGAGGAUAUCGAUAUCGAGCAAGGAGCCGAACCCCCCGAGCUCGAGGAUGCGGAUAGCGAUGAGAGCGGCGAGAACGUUAAGACUGCCAAAUUGGCCAGAACUCAGUCCUGCGUCAGUUGGACCAAAGUGGUGCAAAAGUUCAAAAAUAUACUAGGUCGCGAUGGUUCUAAAAUCACAACAGUUGUUGCAACACCCGGCCAAGGCACCGAUCGCGUACAAGAGGUCUCCUAUACAGACACAAAGGUCAUCGGCAAUGGCAGCUUCGGCGUCGUGUUCCAGGCAAAGCUCUGCGAUACCGGCGAGCUGGUGGCAAUCAAAAAAGUUUUACAAGACAGACGAUUUAAGAAUCGCGAAUUGCAAAUUAUGCGCAAAUUGGAGCAUUGUAAUAUUGUAAAGCUUUUGUACUUUUUCUAUUCGAGCGGUGAAAAGCGUGAUGAAGUAUUUUUGAAUUUAGUCCUCGAAUAUAUACCAGAAACCGUAUACAAAGUGGCUCGCCAAUAUGCCAAAACCAAGCAAACGAUACCAAUCAACUUUAUUCGGCUCUACAUGUAUCAACUGUUUAGAAGUUUGGCCUACAUCCACUCGCUGGGCAUUUGCCAUCGUGAUAUCAAGCCGCAGAACCUUCUGCUCGAUCCUGAGACGGCUGUGCUGAAGCUCUGUGACUUUGGCAGUGCCAAGCAGCUGCUGCACGGCGAGCCGAACGUGUCGUAUAUCUGCUCCCGGUAUUACCGCGCCCCCGAGCUCAUCUUUGGCGCCAUCAAUUAUACAACAAAGAUCGACGUAUGGAGUGCCGGUUGCGUUUUGGCCGAGCUACUGCUGGGCCAGCCCAUCUUCCCUGGCGACUCCGGUGUCGAUCAGCUUGUCGAGGUCAUCAAGGUCCUGGGCACACCGACAAGAGAACAGAUACGCGAGAUGAAUCCAAACUACACGGAAUUCAAGUUCCCACAAAUUAAGAGUCAUCCAUGGCAGAAAGUUUUCCGUAUACGCACUCCUACAGAAGCUAUCAACUUGGUGUCCCUGCUGCUCGAGUACACGCCCAGUGCCCGGAUCACACCGCUCAAGGCCUGUGCACAUCCGUUCUUCGACGAGCUGCGCAUGGAGGGCAACCACACCUUGCCCAACGGUCGCGAGAUGCCGCCGCUAUUCAACUUCACAGAGCAUGAACUCUCGAUACAGCCCAGCCUAGUGCCACAAUUGUUGCCCAAGCAUCUGCAGAAUGCCUCCGGCCCAGGCGGCGCCAACCGAUCCUCAGCCGGCGGAGCAGCCUCUGCUGCGGCCAGCGGCUCCACCAGCGUCUCGUCCACAGGCAGUGGCGCCUCGGCGGAAGGAUCCGCCGCCCAGCAGCCGCAGGCGCAGGGCACAGCAGCAGCAGCAGCUGCGGGAUCCGGAUCGGGAUCGGGAUCGGGAUCAGGCGGAGCAGCAGCAGCCGGCGGAUCAGGAUCCGGCAACAACAGCAGCGGAGGCGGAGCAUCCGGAGCGCCGUCUGCCGCCGUGGCAGCUGGUGCCAAUGCCGCGGUAGCCGGCGGAGGCGGCGGUGGCGGAGUCGGUGCGGCGGCCACUGCUGCCACAGCAGCUGGCGCUAUGGCCGCGACCAAUGCCGGCGGCGCCAAUGUGACAGGUUCUCAGUCGAACAGCGCCCUCAACAGCAGCGGAAGUGGCGGCAGUGGAAAUGGCAGCGGAAACGGAAAUGGAAACGGAGAGGCAGCUGUCUCGGCAUCGGGAUCGGGUGGAAACGGUGGAAAUGGAGGAAACGGCGGGGACAACGACGCUGGCGACAGUGGAGCUGCAGGAUCCGGAGGAUCUGGAGGAGGAGCAGCUGAGACCGAGGCAGCGGCGUCGGGUUAGCGCGAGUCAGGAGGUGCUCUCUUUUAAUGUAAUGUUAUUCACAGGAUUUUCGCUUGGGCCAGGGAUUAAGUUACCAUUACCAUUUUUGGCCCAGACCCACACACACACACACAGUUACACUCGAUGGAAACAGAAGAGAUAGAAUGAGAAGAGAAGUCCCAGCAAAAGCUAAGAGAAAAUGAUAGACAAAGGAAUUCAAAUUCUGAUUCAGAUUCACUCCACAAAACACCACCCACCCAAUACACUCACACCCACUCACACACCCCAGCUCCAGCACACACACACAUGUAUGUAUGUAUAUCUAGCUAUAUGCAUUGGGCGCAAGCAAAUAUUUAGCAUAAAACUCGAAAGAAAGAAAAAACAAAAGAAUCCACUUUAAACUAUGCAUAAAUAAUUUAAAUAAUAAUCUGUAU